CUGGCCAAUCCGAAUGCGGGGACACCGGGAAAUUUAAAUCGCGCCGGCCGGCUGCACGAGCCACACCGUCUUUGGGGUGAUUCGUGGUGGACGUUUUGAGGGCAGCUGACCUGCAGCCUGCGCGUCCCGGACCGCCUCCCGUGGAAGCCUGAGCCGGCCGUGUAGCGCUGCUCCAGGAAGUCCUUCCGAAGGGAGGGGACUAAUACUGUGUGGCCAGUUCACUAUUUCAUGGUGCUGAAAAAGGAAGUUGCUCCUGUAAUAGACAAGUCUUUCUCCCUUUGUCUCAUAACCAUGUCCACCAACGAGAAUGCUAAUUCACCAGCUGCCCGCCUUAACAGAUUCAAGAACAAGGGGAAAGACAGUACAGAAAUGAGGCGGCGUCGAAUAGAAGUUAAUGUGGAGCUGAGGAAAGCGAAGAAGGAUGACCAGAUGCUGAAAAGGAGAAACGUAAGCUCGUUUCCCGAUGAUGCUACCUCUCCACUGCAGGAAAACCGCAACAACCAGGGCACUGUAAAUUGGUCAGUUGAUGACAUUGUCAAGGGCAUAAAUAGCAACAAUUUGGAAAGCCAGCUCCAGGCUACUCAAGCUGCUAGGAAACUGCUUUCUCGGGAAAAGCAGCCCCCCAUAGACAACAUAAUCCGGGCUGGUUUGAUUCCAAAGUUUGUGUCCUUCUUGGGCAGAACUGAUUGUAGUCCCAUUCAGUUUGAAUCCGCUUGGGCUCUCACCAACAUUGCUUCCGGGACCUCAGAACAGACCAAGGCUGUGGUCGAUGGAGGCGCGAUCCCAGCGUUCAUUUCCCUGUUGGCAUCUUCCCACGCCCACAUCAGCGAACAGGCUGUGUGGGCUCUAGGAAACAUCGCAGGGGAUGGUUCCGUUUUUCGAGACUUGGUUAUCAAGUACGGUGCGGUUGAUCCGCUUCUGGCUCUCCUCGCGGUUCCUGAUAUGUCAUCGUUAGCAUGUGGCUACUUGCGUAACCUUACUUGGACACUUUCAAACCUUUGUCGCAACAAGAACCCUGCACCCCCGCUAGAUGCCGUUGAGCAGAUUCUUCCUACCUUAGUUCGUCUCCUGCAUCACGAUGAUCCAGAGGUCUUGGCAGAUACCUGCUGGGCCAUCUCCUACCUGACGGAUGGUCCAAACGAACGGAUUGAAAUGGUCGUGAAAACAGGAGUUGUGCCGCAGCUUGUGAAGCUUCUAGGAGCUACUGAAUUGCCCAUUGUGACUCCUGCGCUAAGAGCCAUAGGAAAUAUUGUCACUGGGACAGAUGAACAGACUCAGGUUGUAAUAGACGCAGGAGCGCUUGCUAUCUUUCCCAGCCUGCUAACAAACCCCAAAACUAAUAUUCAGAAGGAAGCCACAUGGACAAUGUCAAACAUCACAGCUGGCCGCCAGGACCAGAUACAGCAAGUUGUGAAUCAUGGAUUAGUCCCGUUCCUCGUUGGUGUUCUCUCUAAGGCAGACUUUAAGACACAAAAGGAAGCUGUCUGGGCUGUGACCAACUAUACAAGUGGUGGGACAGUUGAACAGAUUGUAUACCUCGUCCAUUGUGGCAUAAUAGAACCAUUGAUGAACCUCUUAACUGCGAAGGAUACCAAAAUUAUUCUGGUCAUUCUGGAUGCCAUUUCCAACAUCUUUCAGGCUGCUGAGAAACUAGGUGAAACCGAGAAACUUAGUAUAAUGAUUGAAGAAUGUGGAGGUUUGGACAAAAUCGAGGCUCUACAAAACCAUGAAAAUGAGUCUGUAUACAAAGCUUCAUUAAACUUGAUUGAGAAGUAUUUCUCUGUAGAGGAAGAGGAAGAUCAGAAUGUUGUGCCAGAAACUACCUCUGAAGGCUAUACGUUCCAGGUUCAGGAUGGCACUGCUGGGACCUUUAACUUUUAGCUUGUACAGCCGACGCAGAAAGUUGUUUGUGGUGUGCUUUGUUUGGUAGAAGUUUGUCUUACUGUUUCUCUACUAAGAACUCUUUUUAAAUGUGUUUUGUUAUUGUAGCACUUUUUACAACAAAACUCUACUUGACCAGUUCCAAACUGUAAAAACUGUAUGAAGCUCCUCCUGCCAGUGGGUUUCUUAUUUCCAUGUGGACUCUCCUCUCUUGCAGUGUCCUGUAAAUAAAGAUUAAAUUCCACCCUUUUCUUUACUUCACCGUU